GUCAUCACAUAUUAGAAAUCGGAUGGUUUGGCGAAGUCGAAAGUUUUGCAUUACUGACCAGGAAAUAAAAAUUUUAAAGGAAUGUAAAACGUUUUGUUUUAAUGCUCAUAAUUUCUUAAGCAAGGUUUAGUGACCAAAUAGAAUCUCUUUGGAACUGAAAAGCAAUUUUAAAAUUUUUAUUUUAAACUAUUUUAGCAAAACAUACUGAUAUUUCAAAAAAAUAGAGAAAUAUCUGAAAAUGAUUAUCUUAACAAUAAUUGCGAGAAUUGGUGACGGUUUAAUUCUAACAGAAUCAGUUCAGCAUGAUGAGGAGACUGGUCGGACCACUUAUGAAUAUCACAGCCAAGCAAAAUCAAUCCUUCGUAAAUUAAAUUCACAGUCAUUGCCUAUGUGUAGUAUAGAAACAGGACCUUAUUAUUUUCACUAUUUAAUCCAUGAAAAUGUCUGCUACUUGGCUUUGUGUGAAAAGUCUUUUUCCAAAAGAUUAGCAUUUGCAUAUCUUGAAGAUUUAAAAAAUGAAUUUAGUACACAUUAUGGAAAGAUGGUGCCAACUGCUAUGAGGCCUUACAGUUGUAUUGAGUUUGAUACAUAUAUGCAGAAAGCCAAGAAGUCCUAUUCAGAUAAUCGUGCUCGACGUAAUAUCACUCAUCUGAACACAGAGUUGCAAGAUGUCCAGAGAAUCAUGGUUCAGAAUAUUGAUGAGGUCUUACAGAGAGGUGCUGCCCUUUCUGAGUUAGAUUCCAAAGCCAGCAACCUUUCCCUCCUUUCUGAGAAAUAUAAAAAGGAUGCCCAUUUUCUAAAUAUGAGCUCUGCUUAUACAAAGCUAGCAGCUGCUGCUACCAUAGUCUUUGUAGUGUUUUUGUACUUCUGGAUUCUGUAGACUCUUCUUGGACUCUUCCGUGUAUCAUACCAGCAGGACUGUUGGAGAGGAUUGAAUGAAUUUUUAUUCUAUGCAAAGUUUCGAUUCAUAAAUGCAUUUGCAAUCCUAUUGGUUAAUAGGAGCUCUUCAACAGCAUCAAAGAAAAUUGUGUGUAAAAGGGGCUUGGUUGUAAAAUACAGAUUUUAUAUGCUCAUUUCUACUUCUUCCUGAAAAUUCCAGAUAAACCUUCCUUUCUUUUAUCAGGAUAAAAACAAAGGAAACUUUGAACUGUAAUUGAUUAUAUUCUCAAUAUUUGGGUUGCUAUUAAUAGAAUUUGGAAUGAAUUUAGAAAAUAUUACUUAUUGUGUAAUUCUUUGAUAGAAAUUAUAUGUAUGUAUUAAUAGUCAAUAUUUAUUAAAUUUUUUUCCUUCUUUUUUCCAUAGUUUGUAUUUUUAUUAUUCUAUCAAUAAAUAUUUUGGAUUAAAGUUCUAUCUCUUAAA